CGCAAGGUCGCGUGUGACGGUCAAGACGUUGCAAGGAGUCGUGACUUCGUACUCGUGAACAAAGGCGUCAUCUCCAGAAGAGGCAGAAGGAGAUGUUUGAUCGUGGGAUGGCGGAUUUGGCCAAGGAAAUGGGGGACAGCGACCCUCUCGUUCCCGAGGGUGGCCCGGUUAAUGCUGAGCUCGGCGUUGCUUUGCCAGAGGUUGGUUUUGACGAGUGGGCGCAGGAGCAGGGACUUGAUCUCCCUGAGAUUCUGUCGCCUGACGUGGCUGGGGUCGGUCAGGAAACCGCCGGUGAAAGCUCUCGAUCUCGUUCUUCAGGUUGACGAGGUUCU